AUGAAUAAUCCCACAGAACAGGAGCCACUUUUGCGGCCCACUGCGAAUAACGCCAAGUUUUCUGGCGGUAUUCGUAAGCGCGCGCUUAAUUUGCAUGUUGGCUUGGCUUUGGGGGUGUUAUUCAUUAUUUAUUUGGCAUGGCCUUCAAAGGAACAACCCCCACAUUUUCCCAAGAUGCCUGCACAUAUUCCAUUUAUCGGGGGGCCUACGUGGACUCCACAGGAGAACCAGACCGCGUGGGGGGUCCACGGGGCCGUUGCUUCGGACCUGGAGAUGUGCUCGCAACUGGGGGUCGAGAUCCUGAAGAAAGGUGGAUUCGCUGCUGACGCAGCUGUCACCACUUGUUUGUGCAUAGGAGCCACAAACACGAUGUACUCUUCGGGAAUUGGUGGCGGAGCGUUCAUCACCAGCAGCAGGGCAGGUCACGGGGUGCCGAUCUCGAUCGACGCACGCGAAAUGGCUCCUGCUGGGGCCCACAAGGACAUGUACAACGGCAACGAGCAAGCGUCGCAGUUUGGAGGGCUUGCCGUUGGAAUCCCCGGUGAACUGAAAGGUCUUUACGAGCUUCACAAAUUGCACGGGUCAGGGGCCGUUGGAUGGGACGAUCUGAUCAUGCCUGUUGUGGAGGUUUUGGAAUCUGGCUGGGAAGUGAGCGAGCUUCUUGGAAUGGCAAUUUCGAUAUACGGGCCCUAUUUCCACAAACACAAGAACGACUGGCCGUUCUUGUUCGACCAUGGCCGACUCCUCAAGAAAGGAGACAUCAUGAAAAGACCGGCACUGGCAAAAACGUUGCGUUUGGUUGCUCAGAACGGGUCGGCUGCCAUUUUCUACGAUCCGGACGGGCCAAUAGCACCACAUUUGGCCCGCAAAGCCCAGCAAAUGGGGGGCGUUCUUACACCCGAGGACUUCCCCAAAUACGAGGCAGUGGUGGAGCCUGCAUUGGUCAUGCACAACUUCUCGGACCGCAACUUGGACAUUUACACAAGCUCGGGCGCUUCGUCAGGACUUGCAUUGAUAUCGGGCCUGAAAAUAAUAAACGGUUUCGAACCGAGCCCGGGUAAAGAUUUCUCCAAAACGGAGACCCAUCGGCUAGUGGAGACGAUGAAAUGGCUGGCCAGCGUGCGCAGCCAUUUGGGAGACGUUGGGGUGCACAACAAGAACGAGACCGCGCACCAGUCACGCAACGACAGGUAUGCACAUUUAGUCAGCGACGAGUGGUGUUCGGCCACCACCGCCAAAAUCAGUGAUAACGAGACAUUUCCCUGGACAUUUUAUGAGCCCGCGUAUCAACCGAACGAGCCGCAGGGAACGUCACAUUUGAGCGUGUUGGACGAACACCAGAACGCCGUUAGUCUCACCACUACCGUGAAUUUGCUUUUUGGCUCGCUGGUGCACGACCCAGUUACCGGAAUAAUUCUGAACGAUGAAAUGGACGACUUUUCGAUCCCCACCACGAAGAACGUGUUUGGAUUGCAACCGUCCGUGUACAACUACGCCGAGCCUUACAAGCGUCCGCUUUCGUCCACUGCUCCAACGAUCGUUGUGGACAGAGAAACGGGCAAGGUUGAUUUGGUGAUCGGAGCUGCAGGCGGAUCCCGAAUCACUACCGCCGUGUUGCAAGCUCUCGUGCGGACGUACUCCUACGGGAUGGGGCUAUUGGAGACGGUGGCUUAUCCGCGGUUACAUCACCAGCUGCUUCCGGAAACACUAUUUAUUGAGGAGCCAGUUAGCCAAGAGUUUGUGCACGCGAUGGAGGAGCUGGGACACAGCGUGGAACUAAUCAGCCACCAGACCGCGAUGAACGGCAUUGGAGUACACGACGGAAAAAUAGCAGCCCAAAGUGAUUACUGGAGAAAAUUGGGUCGAGGUGCAUGCUACUGA